UGAUGGCGGCCCCCAUGGCGCGGUGUGCGAUGCUCCUGGCUCGGCGUCCGGCCGCGUCUCGCCUCUGCCUCGCAGGUAAAAGAUGCCUGCUUUCUGCAGCGUACGUGGACAGCCACCAGUGGGAAGCAAGAGAGAAGGAGCAAUGCCACCUGGCUGAUCUUGCAUCCUUAAUGGACAAAGCGUAUGAAAGAAAAUUGCCUGUUAGUUCUUUAUCGAUAUCACGGUUUGUGGACAACAUUGCGUCUCGAGAAGAUGUAGAUUCUGCAGAGUACUAUCUUUACAAAUUUCGACACAGUCCCAACUGCUGGUACCUAAGAGACUGGACCAUCCAUACCUGGAUUAGACAGUGUCUGAAAUACGGAGCACAAGACAAAGCCUUGUAUACACUUGUUAAUAAGGUUCAGUAUGGAAUUUUUCCAGAUAACUUUACAUUCAACUUACUGAUGGAUUAUUUCAUAAAGAAAGAAAAUUACAAAGAUGCUUUAUCCGUGGUUUUUGAGAUCAUGAUGCAAGAAGCCUUUGAAGUGCCGUCCACCCAGUUUCUCUCCCUCUAUGUUUUAUACCGUUGCCUAGCAGAGAAGACAGAGCUCACAUGGGAAGAAGAAAGAGACUUUGGGGCGUCCCUCUUGCUUUCUGGCCUAAAACAAAGGAACACAGUGGGCCUGAGUUCCCAGCUGUAUGGCUGUGCACUUCUUGGGAAGGUGGAACUGCAGCGUGGGCUGCGGGCUGUAUACUGCGGCAUGCCUCUGAUGUGGACACCAGGCUACCUCAACAGAGCCCUCCAGGUGAUGGAGAGGGUGGCCUCCUCCCCUGAAGACCUCAAGCUGGGUAGAGAAGUGCUCGACGUGCUGGAUGGAGUCCUGAAGGUGGUGACGUCUUCAAAUGGCCAGGCUUCAGAGGCACAGCCCCAGGAAGGUGAAGCUGGCUUGGGCUCAGCAGACCUGGUGGAGCAGCUAGACACUGAGGAACCAGAACAGUCCAAGCUGCCCCGGUACCUGGAGCGCUUUCAGGCCUCUCGGUCUAAACUGCAGGAGCUGAACAGAGUUGAAUCCGAAAGUCUUUUGACUCUGACCACCCAGCUAGUAAAAGAAAAACUCCCCGCCUGCGAGGCCGAGGACCUGGCCACUUACCAGCAGAAACUCCGUGAGUGGCACCUGGAGCGGAUGCAAUUGAUCCAGAGGGAACAGGAACAGAGGGAGAAGGCCAAGCAAGAGUACCAGGCGCUGAGUGCAGCCUAAAGUGCUUCGGGCCACCCCAGUGUUCAGCCAGGACAGGAUGGGCCCCCNCCCCCCCNCCCCCGCCUCUGCUGUCCGGGUCUUCUUUGCUUUUACAGGAAGCCGUGCAUAGCCUGAAAACCAGAUGUGCUCUAUGCCAAGACACUAUCUGCCCAUCUAGAUGUCAAGGGCCCGGAACUAAGAAAGUGACAAAUGGUUGGGCUAAAGCCCCCAGCUGAAUCUCCUGUAGGGGCUGUCAAGGCUCACAGUGGAGUCCUGGGCACAGACUGGGAGUAUCGGGUGAGCAUGAUGAGAAGCUAUAGCUGAAGAAUCGGCUCUGCAGCACGGGUGUUUGGAUGAUUCCCUGCCCUUGCCCAUGUACAUGGAGCAACGAGCUUCACGUCCUAAUGUUGGUAAACGGAGAACCACCCACAUUCCAGAACCAGGUGCUUGCUCCUUUAACCUGCUUCCAGUGACUCAGCACCAGUGGCCACAACAUGACCAGCCGUCAAUGUGACACAUUUCCACUGUUAACACUGGUCUCAUAUUCUCCCUGUGCAUAUGCGCCAUAUAUAGCUGGCAACUUCAUGGCCUGCCCCGUUCCCAUCACUGCUCAGAAGCAGCCUUUUGUAUACCUGCUUCCCCAAUAAAUCUUACC